AAUCAAUUCAAAGAAAUAUGAAAGCCCUUUCCACCCAAAAUCCACAUUCCCGUUCUCUUACAUGGAGCUUUGCACAGAGCAUUACUGCUAGCGAGUGGGGAUUAACUCUCGCGUAAUACAAAAUCGUGUUUCAAAAUUACGUGUUCUCAUCUUCUCUCUCACUGGAUAAACGAGUUACUGUUUCCUUAUUUAUUUCUUUAGCAUUAUGGACGGGAACAAGCGAAAAUAUUUUAAGAAACCCCAAAACAGUCAAUUCAAGCGAAAAGGAGUCGACAGAAAAGAAAGAUGGAAUGAUUCCAGUCGUGAAGAAUCUUCAGGAAAUUCACUUCCUGUUGACACUGUUUACCGCAUACUCUGUCCUUCAAGAAAGAUUGGGGGUGUUAUUGGAAAAGGUGGAAGCAUAGUUAAAGCGCUAAGGGAAGAGACCCGGGCAAAGAUUACAGUUGCUGAUUCAGUUCAUGGUUCCGAUGAAAGGGUGAUUAUUAUUUAUAGUUCUCCUGAGAAAAUUUCUAGGAACCAAAAUAAUGAUGAGGAUUCGACAAUGGAGAAUGAACAGGAGACAAUGGACCCUCACUGUGCUGCUCAGGAUGCGCUCUUGAAAGUUCAUGAAAGGAUUGUCGAGGAAGAUCUUUUUGGUGGAAUGGCAUCUGAUGAUGAUAAUGAGAACAGUGUUGUCACGGCACGGCUUCUAGUUCCAAACAAUAUGGUAGGAUGUCUUUUAGGCAAGCGUGGAGAUGUUAUCCAAAGAUUGCGAAGUGAGACAGGUGCAAGCAUUCGUGUUCUUCCUGCAGAUCAUCUUCCUGCUUGUGCUAUGAACACAGACGAAUUGGUUCAGAUAUCUGCAAACCCAGAUGUAGCGAAGAGGGCUCUCUAUGAAGUAUCCACUUUAUUGCAUCAAAAUCCCCGAAAAGAUAAACCUCCAAGUGUGCCUAUGCCUUACAGUGGCCAGAAUUUUCACACCCCUGGUGGUUCCAUGACCAAUAUGCGCCCACCAGGAAAUCCAAUGUGGCCUCAUCGGAAUUCUUCUCCCAACAAUAUGCCUUCUAUCCAGUGGAUGGGGGGAUAUGACAGGCAGCCUACAGGAUUAAGGCCUGGUGGCUUUGGAACACCAGGACAUGGCAGGGAGCCUUCAGCUGAGUUUUCUAUGAAAAUUUUGUGUUCUGCCGGGAAAAUUGGUGGGGUAAUUGGCAAGGGAGGCUCUAAUGUAAAACUGGUUCAGCAAGAGACGGGUGCUAGUAUUCAUGUUGAAGAUGCUUCAGCAGAGGCAGAUGAACGGGUGAUUCGUGUCUCUGCUUUCGAGGGUCUCUGGAACCCAAGAUCACAAACAAUUGAUGCAAUUCUUCAGCUUCAGAAUAAAACAAGUGAAUUCUCUGAUAAAGGUACAAUAAGUACAAGACUUCUUGUUCCAUCAAGUAAGGUUGGCUGUAUCCUUGGACAAGGAGGUCAAGUUAUCAAUGAAAUGCGAAGGAGAACCCAAGCAGAUAUUCGUGUUUACUCCAAAGAUGAUAAGCCUAAGAUUGCAUCCGAAGAUGAAGAGCUUGUACAGAUAACUGGGAAUUUCGUUGUUGCCAAAGAUGCUUUGUCAGAGAUUGCAUCAAGGCUAAGAGUAAGGACUUUGCGAGAUGCAAAUGCCGGAGCAGAGUCUGGGCCUGUUGGACCUGUCCAGGGAUUUGGGCCUGCACGAAGCUUGCCAGGCAGAGGGCCCCCACCAUCUGGUAUAAUGGGAGCUAGCAGUUCUGGUGGAUAUGAAACUAUAAGGGAUGGCGGACACAAUUAUGAAUCUCAGAGUUAUCCAGUUGCGCCUGCUGCUAUUGGAUACAUAAAUGUGAACAGUGCUUUGGAGGCUAAUAUUUCAAAUAAUGGAGUCAAUUCUGUUUUAGGAGCUGGGGGAAUUCCAAAUGUUAGUGAGGUUGUUGGAACUAGGGUAAAGCUCCAAGAUCCUGUGUCAGGUGGCUCUGAAAAUUUCACUGAAUUCCGUCAAUAUUCUGAGCAUCAAAAUACCGCACAAGGCAUUCUUCAAACAUUUGCACCUUCUACUGGACAAAACUUGAAUUCCCAACAAGUUUUCUAUCAAAACAAUAUGACUGCUCACCAAAGCACGAACCGGAAUGUGAGCACUCCACAUAGCACCUAUCAAAACGUAAAUGCGCAGCAUAACCCCUACGAGAACAUGAAUGUACAGCAUAGCCCCUAUCCAAUAGCUGCACAACAAGGUGUCUAUGCCAACCCCACUCAACAAGCUUCCCACCAUAACAUCAGUGCACAACCGGGCACUUAUCAGUACUGACCUCAAUUUGGGAAUUUUUGUACCAUAGUUCGCUAUCAGGUUUAUAAACUAUUAUUGGAAAAUCAGCUAAUGUGUUGCAUCAUCUUAGGCUUUUGUAGGCGGUAAAGAAACAAUUUUUGGCUGUGCCUGCCAUUAUUAUGCAAAUUGUAACAUCUUCUCAGAGUAGAGGAGUAUACUUAGAUUUUUCCUAAUGCUUAGAAAUAUUCAGAUGUUAGUGUUGUUUAGCACAACUGAAGCUCCGAAAUCAGCUUAGGAAUAGAAGUCGUCGGAACUCCAUGUAGUUACUGGCUUGAUUUUUCCUUGUGUUGAAAUAUUUAAUUCAUGAAGUUUAGUGGUCAGGAGCAGUUCUGGAGAGCGAAUGCUUUUGAUUACUCUUGUUUUAAACAAUGAAGAAUGAUCAUGCUCUCA